AAACAAAUUGAGCCCACUAAUUUGAUUUCAUAUUUGAAAGAAUCCUACACCAUCAUGAGAUUUAGAUGAGAGAAAGAACCAGAAAGUAGUCAUGGAAAAGAAAAAUCAAAGAGAGAAAAGCAGAACAGUAGAACAAAAAGAAUCGACCCCACACUCCACCGUGAAAAGCUUCAAAGAAAAAGGAACACGAACAAGAGAACUUCAUCAGAAAUACAAGAAACUAGAACAAGAUUGGAACGCGUUUAAGGAAUCAAGAUCAACAACUUCACGAAAAUAUCGUUCCCCUUUAAACAUCGCCACAAAACCUAUUUUUCAAAACCUAGGGCUAGAAAUUAAUAACAGCAUUAUUUCUCCUAGAGAACUCAUGUUUAGUCUUCAAAGAGAUUCUUCAUCAUCAGAAGAAGAAACAUGGAAGAAUCAUGAUGUGGCAGCUAGAGAGACUCUCCAAGAACGUAGAGAAGCUAUUGAGAGAGGAAAAUUGAAGGGCCGAAGACUUUUUGAUUCAACCAUGGAGAGUGAGAGUGAUGAUAACGACAACAACAUAGGUCAAAAUUAUGAAGUGAGGUCAAUGUCUUUUUGUUACUUGGAGGAUGAACAUGAGCAUGAGAAUGAAUCGUUGUCUUCUUCUUUGUCUCCUAUUGGUGAUUUUGUGGACAAGGAUAUGAUGACUAACGUAGCAGAUAUUAAAGUUGGGAGUAAGUCUAGGUUUGCUAAUGGAACAAGAUAUGGAUAAUGAAGAUGUUGGUAGGACACUACAUGGUAAGAAGUCAAUGGAUGCUUCCGUUCGCAUAGAGCAAGUGGCAAACACUCAGGCAAGGACACGUGGUUGGAGCGAGGGACCAAAAUGCUCUUGUUCACAGUCUCACAAUGAAAACAACAUGAAAACAAAGAAAGGCAGAACACAUGAUUCAGUCAUUGUAUAAAAACUAAUUCAACCUUUGUGACAAGGAACCAGGAAGCAUAAAGUACAUAGAGGCUUUGCAAAGUAACUAAUAACCCAAAUGAACACAUUAAUUAAGAACUAAUAACCCCUGCUCUCCAAGAAAUAUAUUUCAAACAAAAUAUCUAAAAUUAUCAUUGUAAUAAACUAUUACUUCUACCAAAAAAAAAUAAUAAUAAUAAACUCGUACUAUCAUUGCCAAAGUUAUUUUAUGGUCACAACUUUCAUUCUGUUUUAU